UCCGGUGUCCAGCGGUUGGGAGUUCUAUUCCCAUUUGUUUUCAGUUCUGUUGAACAAAACAACCAGCAAAGAGUCAGCGACCGUGAGCAGAGAAUUAAAACAACUGGCACAGUUAAAUAAAAAGCAAACGACAUUCCGAAUUCCUUCUCUCUUUUAACCGCGUCCGCUUCCCUUCCUCAGAUAUUCCUUCCUCAGCUAAGAUUUUUCCAUCGCUCUCCUCUCAUUUUCUCUCCAUCCAAACAAAGAGAAAACAAAAAGAGAGAAAAUGCCGAUUUCCGUUCCCAACCUCUUCAAAGAACGGAAAUAUCCUUUCCUUUUCGCUCUUUCGAUCCUUCUCAUUUCCUUCGCAAUCCUCUUCUUAACCAACUCCUUCUCCCCUUUCCCUUCCCUCCCUCUCUCCUCCGAUCUCCACGUCUCCCAAUCUCAACCUCCUACUCCUCCUCCGCCGCCGUCUUCUUUACGAUCACGAUCUCCCAACGACACCGUUCGGUUCCCGCCAGAAUCGCGGUCCAGAAACGACGCGGCGUCUGAGGUGGACUUGAGUGUGAGCUUGGACGUGCAAUGGGGGAACUGUAAACUAGGGGCGGCGGCCGUGGAUUACAUACCGUGUUUGGAUAACUGGAAAGCGAUAAAAGAACUGAAAUCGAGGAAGCAUAUGGAGCACAGGGAAAGGCAUUGUCCGAGUCCGAGUCCGAGUCCGAGAUGUUUGGUGCCCUUGCCGAGUGGUUAUAAGGCUCCUGUUCAAUGGCCUAAGAGCAGGGACAUGAUAUGGUAUGACAAUGUUCCUCAUCCUAAGCUUGUGGAAUACAAGAAAGAGCAGAAUUGGGUGCGUAAAUCUGGUGAUUAUUUCGUUUUCCCUGGAGGUGGUACACAAUUUAAGAAUGGGGUUACUAGCUAUAUUGAUUUCAUAAAAAAGACUUUACCGGCUAUUCAAUGGGGGAAGCACAUUAGGGUCAUUUUGGAUGUUGGCUGCGGUGUUGCCAGCUUUGGUGGUUUUUUGCUGGACAAAGGUGUAAUUACCAUGUCAUUUGCCCCAAAGGAUGAACACGAAGCUCAGAUACAGUUUGCUCUAGAGCGGGGAAUUCCUGCUAUACUUUCUGUCAUUGGUACACAAAAGCUGACAUUUCCAGACAAUGCAUAUGAUUUGAUACAUUGUGCACGAUGCAGAGUUCAUUGGGAUGGGGAUGGUGGGAAACCAUUAUUGGAGCUGAACAGGAUUCUUAGGCCAGGAGGAUACUUUAUAUGGUCUGCUACACCGGUUUAUCGAGACGAUGAGAGAGAUCGUAAUGUUUGGAAGUCUAUGGUGGCUUUGACGACGUCCAUGUGCUGGAAAGUUGUGGCUAAAACUGUUGAUUCAACUGGAAUUGGGCUUGUAAUAUAUCAAAAGCCUGCCUCGUAUUCCUGUUACGAGCAACGCAAAGAAAAAAGUCCGUCCUUGUGUGAUCAGAAAAAUAACCAGAACAUCUCAUGGUAUGAGCCUCUUAGCUAUUGUCUUUCCAGACUUCCAGCUGAUAACAUCGGUAACUUGCUCAGCUGGCCCAAACCAUGGCCCCGAAGGCUUAGCAGUAAGCCUCCAAGCCUUCCAUCUGAACCAGAUGCUAAAGAUAUUUUCAAUGAGGAUUCGAAACAUUGGGCAGCACUUGUAUCAGAUGUGUAUCUUGAUGGUCUGGCUAUAAACUGGGCAAGCAUAAGAAACGUGAUGGAUAUGAAUGCUGGUUAUGGAGGAUUUGCUGCGGCACUUAUUGAGCAACCACUCUGGGUGAUGAAUGUUGUACCUAUUGAUGCACAAGAUACUUUGCCCAUUAUUUUUGACAGGGGGUUGAUUGGAGUCUAUCAUGACUGGUGUGAGUCUUUUAAUACUUACCCUCGAACGUAUGAUAUACUGCAUUCCAGAUUUCUCUUCGGAAACCUUAAAGAGAGAUGUGACAUUAUAGAUGUAGCUGUGGAAAUGGAUCGCAUACUGAGACCCGGUGGAUAUCUCUUGGUCCAGGACACCAUGGAAAUGAUUAAGAAGCUCAAUCCGGUGCUGCGUUCACUCCACUGGUCAACAAGCCUUUAUCAAGGCCAAUUUCUUGUUGGUAAGAAGGGUUCUUGGCGUCCAAGUGAUGACUAAACAAAAAAAACAUGAACAGCUACCUAGGUUCGUCCACUCCGACUUUAUUCUGAAUUAGCAUUACACCUUAACCAGUUGCAAGGAAAAAGGAUGAUCUCUUGGCUUCUGCAGCAAAUUUGAGUCACAACACCCAUAUUUUACCUUUCUUUUGCCCCUAAUUUCUUUCAGGAAUAUAUUUUUUUCCCCUUCCGUUGCCAUUUUGUUGUACAAUCCUAUAGAAAAGGAUGAGAGCUUAUAGCAUGACAUACAACAAUCAGUCAAUUCAAAUAUCUGAGUUUUGCUUGGCCAUAAAAAAACAGGUCCAGUAGUGGUUUUGCACAGUUUGCUCAACUGCUCGAAAGGAAAAGCUACAGCAUACGGUCGUGCCAAGUCCACAUUAUUUUUUCCUGAAUUAAAAUCCUGAAGCCCAUAGAUCCUGACAAUUUCUGUGAAUUCAAUGAAGUUUCCAAUGAAAGCUAGUACAUCUCUUCGAAUUAUCCAGUA